AUGUCAACAUCCGCCAGCUCCACCAAGCGCACGAAGCUCAGGUUAGCUUUGAUAUGCUUCCAUAGUUGUCCUGUGGGGCGGCUCGGCGAGAAGAACACCGGCGGCAUGAACGUAUAUGUUCGCCAGCUCGCCCGCGAACUCGCCGCGCAAGGCAAUCAAGUCGAUGUCUUCACUCGCACCCACGAACUCGACGAGCCGCAGAUAGUCCCCAUCGCAGACGGCGCCCGUGUCAUCCAUCUCGACGCGGGUCCCCCGGAUGCGCCAAAGGAAGACCUGGACUCCCACUACUGGCUUUCGGGAGUCGUCGCCAUCGAACUGAGCCGCCGAUGGAACGCACCCCACAUCGCCACAUUCCACACGCUGGCCCGCACCAAGCAGCGCGCGCGCGCAGGCGAGCGCGAAUCCGAGCGCCGCGCACACGCCGAACACCAGAUUAUCGACACUGCCGACUCCAUCGUUGUAUCCACUCAUAUCGAAAAGGACGACAUCGCCAGACUCUAUGGCGCAAAUGGCACUCCACUUGAAGUAAUACCGCCAGGCGUUGACACAGCCCUGUUCCAACCCAUGAACACUGCCGAUGCGCGUCGCGAGCUGGACUUGCCCGACAAGCGCACCAUCCUUUACGUCGGGCGCAUCGAGCCUCUUAAGGGCUUGGACAUUCUGCUGAAGGCAGUCGCGCUACUCAACGAUACCGCCAACACUCACCUGCUGAUCGUGGGAGGCAGUCUCGAAAAAGACGCCGAAUUAGAGCGUCUAAACACUCUUGCGGUUAAUCUCGGCAUAAGUGAUAUAGUUACAUUCAUCGGCUCGGUAAAGCAGGAGCAGUUGCCGGCAUACUACAGCGCAUCUGACGUAUUUGUGCUACCUUCUUGGUACGAGAGCUUCGGUUUGGUCGCUCUGGAAGCCAUGUCAUGCGGCACCCCUGUUGUGGUCUCAAGAGUCGGCGGACUGAAAACAUUCGUUGAAAACGGCAAAACAGGCUACUUGGUUCCAUGGCGAUGCCCCGAGCCGUUCGCGCAAAGUCUGGAAACUCUGCUGGAAAAUCCCUCGCUUAGACGAGCAAUGGGCAGCGCGGCCAGGCGCAAGGCUAUGGCGAUGAGUUGGACCGCUAUGGCGACCAAAAUGCUCGCCUGUUACCAUAAGAAUAUGGGUUAG